AACCAACCCCUCAUUUCUUUACAGAGUUCUGAUAGUGCAGUUUUUACUGCCGGUGAUCCUCUGCAUUCCCACUCCCUCCCUUCCUUCUGUACUUUUUGUUACAAAGUGACUAUCACUCCCUCUUUGCACAUCAGUGGUGACCAUUAAAACCCAACUCUCUCUCUCUCUCUCUCUCUCUCUCUCUCUCACCGUUGGAAGUUCCGCAGGCAGAUUGGCAGAAGCAGGGGUACACUAGAAGCCAAACUAACAGAAUCUAUCUAACAACACUUUUCUUCUUGCUAGUAGUACUCCUAUUAAGCAUUUUCGAAACCCAUCUCACCAUCAUGAUGAUCUCUGCUCUUGUGCUUCUGCUCUUCUACUUGAUGAUGAUGCUCAUCAUUUCCCCUUCCAUUUAUGGACUACUGCUGCUACAACCAGGUUCACCAAACAAGCACUUGGAUUCAGCCAAUACAACCUCAACAUCAACCCUGAAAUCAGAAGAAGCUACUUUGAUUCACAGAAAGCUCUUGGUUCAUGGGAGAUGCACCAACAGGGACAUAAGCAUAUCCCAAAGCAGAGACUCCAGCACAUCUGGGAUUCCAAAAUACAUAGUUGAGAUUGUCAACACUUGUGUUUCUGGCUGUGCUCCUUCCAACAUACACCUCCACUGUGGGUGGUUUGCCUCUGCCAGGAUAGUGAAUCCAAGAGUUUUCAAGAGACUGGGAUAUGAUGAUUGCCUUGUCAAAGCAGGGAGACCAUUGAACACCAGCCAGAUUAUUAGAUUCACUUAUUCCAAUUCUUUCAUGUACCCACUUGGUUUCAAGUAUGCCAAGUUUUGCUGAACAACUCCAAACCGAUUCCUGCGUUUAUAGGCCAUGAAGUCUCGUUCGAAGCUUUAGUAAAAUUGGAUUACUAAUUUUUGGUAUCAUUCUCGUUUUGUGUUUUUCCGGUUUCAGAAAACCCGAAAAAUGUGUUUAGUGAAAUGUUUCCGUUACUGUUUCUUGCCAAUAGUAGCGGACCUAUCCAGUGGAAUAGCCAAAAAUUUGCAUCGGUGGGGCCACUAUGAAACAAGAGCUCUGACAAUAGCCAAGCUCCUACAAUGAGCCACCCACCCACGAGUUGAUGAUUGUUGGUGAUGCGAUCAGUGGCUUGUAUAUUU